AUGGCGAACUCAGCUGGAACGGGGGCAGUCCCUGUCCCGGAAGCCAAACAAGUGAACGAUGAUACCUCCAUGGCACAGAAGAUGGUUUCUGCCACUAGUGGUAGCAUCCUGACGGCCCUCCUAGCGACUCCCCUCGAUGUCGUUCGUGUUCGACUCCAAGCCCAAUCCUCGAUGAAAAGUACAUCUCCCUUUGUCACCCAUACCGCUCCAACACUGCACAACAUGCCUCCUAAUAUCGGGGUGACUGCCUGUUGCCGUGAAGUAUUCUGGAUCGGACAAAACUCUCAGAUAUGCAUGGCGGGGCCCAACGUAGGGGCAAUCAGCAGCAGCUCUGCUACUGCGGCCGAAUGUGCAGUGGAAGAAACUCAGCGCAAGAUGUUUACAUCCACGCUGGACGGUCUAAGGAAGAUUGCUCGAAACGAGGGCAUCUUAUCCCUCUGGCGCGGGCUUAGCCCGACUUUAAUGAUGGGCAUUCCCGGGAAUAUCAUCUACUUUUCUGGGUACGACUGGCUGCGAUCGGAUGACAGAAGCCCCAUCAAACAAGCCGUUCCCGAUGCCUACACUCCCCUUAUCGCAGGAUCCGUGGCUAGAAUCACGGCUGCAUCAGCGAUCAGUCCAAUUGAAAUGUUCCGGACGCGUCUCCAGGCUACUUCUGGCACCGGCGCAGACCAUUUUAAAAAGACGCUGGAAGGUUUAUACGAGAUGACUCAGGUCAGAGGAUAUAGCUCACUCUGGCGUGGGUUGACUCUUACUAUGUGGCGCGAUGUACCAUUCUCUGGUCUAUACUGGUGGUUAUACGAAAAAGUCAAAACGGAAUUCAUAGAAACCCGCAAACAGGCCGAGGCACAUAUUCUGCCACAUGGCCCAUCUUACACGGAACAGCGGCAGUCGCAGGGCUUGGAGACAGUUACAUUCAUGGACAGCUUUAUCGCUGGGGCGACUUCUGGUUCCAUUGCAGCACUUGUCACCACCCCGUUCGAUGUGGGCAAGACUCGCCAGCAGGUGUUCCGACACGUGGGUGACGACCGCCCAGAUCCCACCUCCAUCAAAAACACUUUUCCUAGACCCCCUGUUCCGCCCGAGCAGCGUUCUUUGCCGCAAUUUCUGCUACACAUUUUCCGCGAAGAAGGCAUGGCUGGACUCUUUCGUGGUUGGGUGGCACGAUGCUUAAAGGUAGCACCCGCCUGUGCCAUUAUGAUUUCCACCUACGAGUUGGGAAAGAAGAUGGCCCGUGGUGUGAACGAGCGACGCCAUUCCAGUGCAGAUGAUACAUCAGAAUCUGUUUGA